AUGACGGUCCGCAGCGACUGCAGGGUCUCACUGCCCAACAUGGGUAUGUCGCACGUCAACUAUGCCCUCGGCCUGGAUGCGGAUGGUCUGGGCACCCAUCCACGCAAGUUCAAGAAGCACAAGGUGCUUCCACGCCCCGGCAAGGAUGAGCUGCAACGAUCCGCUUUGUCAAGCCAUGGUCUCGGGAGCGACGCCGCCCUGCCGCGAAGCAAUCCGUCAUCUGCCUCGAUCCUGUCCAGUCGCCAGCGACCGAACAGAGUGGGACGAGGCCCGGAACCGCCGCCCACGCCGCCGACGCAUUCGCGGACAUCCUCGGCAAGUCACCCUGCCGACUCCUCGACCUCGGGACAUGCCGGUACCCCUCCGGGCAGCACAGACAAUGUCGACUCCGAUCCCCCGGCUACUCCCACCAACCAACAGACUCCGCCCACCCCAAACCUGACCCCCGAACGAACCCCUCCGGGCCCUGCCGCGGGCCAAGCACGACGUCGCCCGCUACUAAGCCAGCGGAAUUCCUCCAAAGUCACAACAGAUUCCAGGGCAGAAUCGUUUCGAACCGCGCCGGAGCACCCUCAUUUAUCCGAUGAUGACGAUGCAGGGUCGACCCUGCGCCCGGCACUGCCCUCGGCGAAGAGCUCGCAGAGCACCGUUCGUCAAGUUAGCAGGGAGACGAGGAGUGUUUCCCAGCCGAUAGGCCUGGGCUUGGGGCUUGAAUUCAGCUCAGACGACAAGGCUAUGCCUAGGACAUCGGCAGAACUCAACAAGGUUGACGGAAUGCGGGAUAUCGGGCAGUCGGAUUCGAACAGGACAGAGGAGUGGGACCGCGAUCUCAUGAGGAAUGUGACCAUCAGAAAGCGGCGGCCAACACGCCCAAAAGAGCUUUCCAACCAAGAAAUCGUUGACGACCGGCCGGUGUCGCCAACCAAUGCCACCCAAGCGCUCCGCUCCAUGCCACUUGACGAGAGCCCGAUUGUUUACCCCUCGCGCAGAGUUGUCUCGGACCGCUACACAACCAAGCCCGAGGCAGUCAAUUCGGAGUCUUCCAGCAGCGUUGAUGUUAAGCGUUCUUCUGUCAUGUCCACAAAGUCCAAUGCUUCAACGAUCGUGGAGGCAAUGCUGGUGGGGACGGCGCCCCAGCGACGCAAGACUCUACGCCACGUCAGGAAGCAGAGCGCUUUGCGGGAUUCAAGUUCGGAAAUCUCCCCAGUCACUUCUGCGCCCACGUCCGUCUCACCACCUGUUCAUGACCGACGCCAACGUCACGAGUCCUCCGCCACGAAAGUGGACGAGACCGUACGUGAAAGCUACGCCUCAGCUGCCAGCAUCAAUUCCAUUUCGAGUCGGAAAGCUCGCCGCUCAGUGUGGAAGAGCGGCGGUGUGCCAGUUGUUGUGAUUCCGGACCGCCGAUCCUCGGUCAAGUCGACCAGCAAAUCGCCAUCUUUGCGAUCCACAAGCAGUCGGAGGUCCCGGAGUCUCAGUUCGGUCCCAAUUUCUCCGCCGUCGAAAAGUGGGGAACAGAUUCCCCUGUUCGAACGGCCUGCUAGAAGGAGCAGGGCGUUUUCCGAGUCUGACGGAUCUCGUGCGGGUGACGAGAGGACAAUGGACUUUCCCCCUGUCAUCCCUGCUCGAUCAUCUUCUCUCUCGGCGCCAACUAGCAGAAACGCAUCGAGGACAGCUUCCCUCACGGCAGAGAGCUUACAGGCCCACAGCAUCUUCCAGGCGCAGCAGGCGCAUCUCGCCCUGCAGAAGGCCAGCCAGCCGCUCGAUAAGCUGCAAACUCACCCUCGGCCAAGCGAAGAUGACCGGAUGCUAAGUUGGAGAGGGCCAGAGGACCCGCCCCUGAACGGUGAAGUUGAGCGCGCGCUCCCCACCGUGUCAGUAGAACAGACUCUCCGGGAGAAGCAGCGCGAGCCGGGCGGGAGGGCCGCCCAAGCUAACCGGGACUUGCACGGCACCAAUGCGGUGGAUGGCGGCCUCAGAAUUGACCGGGACGGUGAUCGCUUCUUGUCUGUGCAGAACACACCUUUGUCGGUUGCAUCAGUUGAGACGACUGGUACCUCGCACGCUGAAGUUUCUGAGGCCAUGGCUGUGAACAUCUACCCGCACCAGAACAAAUCCGUGGUUUUGGUCAACCACUCCGCCAAACCAUCUGAGAGCUCCUCCAUGAACGAGUACAAGACUUCUGCCGCGAAUGUUCCGAUAGUCAAGACGACGAACCCAAACGGCGCUGUCCCUGCAACGCCGCCCCAGCAAUUCUCCAUGGACGGCGUCGACUCGCCCCUGAGGAAUCCAAGAGCACCUCCCAAGCCACCAACCAUCAACUUCAUCCCCGCCACUCCAUCGGGCUUAACGCCCACAACAGAGAAACAAAAGCAGCUUGGAAACUACUACGAGAUGACCGCAGAGAAGCCCAGACGGAGCAUGUCGCUCCUCAGGCGGGCCCUAACCCGCCGGACUGCCGAGUACGGCCCAUCCCCCUCCCGCCCUGUAGGGUUCCUUACCCGGACAUUCUCCCUCUCUAGAAACGUCCGACGCCGCCAUGAUGACGACUGGCCAGACGCGCACAGACUCAAGCGGCACUCCACCGCAGACGACGUGCCUCCCGACGAGACCAUGCUUCACCCGUUCUGGCGACCCGCUCACUGCGUGGAUGAUGACGAGGAAAGCCGGCCUUCUGAAGAAGACGAUUACGAUGACGAGGACGAGGAUCGCGAUUACCGGGGCGAGGAUAGGACGUACCGCUACCCGCCCAUCGACAACCGCCCGUCCAAGUCGUGGCUGCCGCCAUCGAGCCGACGACACAGUCGCAGCCGCAGUCUCAGCGCCCGCUUCAAGCGCACGUUUGCCAUACUGCCCGUUCGCGCCGCCGACGAGGACGGGUAUGACCACCAGCAGCAGCAGCAGGACUACCCCGCCACCGAUGCGCAUGAUGCGACGGACCGCAGGACUAUUCGCCGCACGCCGAGCGGGAAUCUGCGGGUUAUGAAGUUCCGGAGGAGUAUGGAGUCCCUGACGACGAGGGCGAGCCCGCUCGCCGGGACAGCGGCGGCGGAUGGUUGGCGGCAGGAUGCGGCGUCGGCGCAUGCCGGGAGAAACGGGAGUGGUGGCGUGGAGGGUUAUCCCGAUGGAGAAAGAGAUAGGCCAAUAACUAGGCUGUGGAGGUCGCUGAGUCUCAGGGCGAGGUCGUCGGUUCGUGCCACUCCAAGAGAAGGAGGAGGUAGCAGCGGCGGUAAUGGCGGCGGUGGUGGGUUCUUACCCGCGCUAGGCGACAGGAUCAACAUCUCGCGGCGGCUGAGCGAGCGGCGGCGGGUGAAGAGGACGCAGGAGCUGAGGGGGAUGAUUAGUGCGCCUAGGGAGGUCAGGGAUGGAGUGGGGGAUGUGAUUAGGAGAAACUCGUGGCGGGAUCGUGGCCGUGGCAUGGAUGCGGAUGCGGAUGCGGCGUAUGUCAAUGAGCAGCAGGCUCAAAGGAGGAGGCAGGGCCUGCGGACUUGA